UUUUAUCUAUAAAUAGGAUGGCAAAUCCAGUAUUCCUCUUCACAGCCUGAAAAUUAAUCUGAUCCAAAGAUAUAAUGGCAGCAACUCUGAAGGCAAACAAUACUUACAUUUUCCCUGAUGACAUAAGUAGUAGCGAUUUCAAGUCUGAUUUCGUUUGGGGUUCUGCCACUUCUGCUUAUCAGAUCGAAGGCGCUGCAUUUGAAGGUGGUAGACAACCAAGCAUCUGGGAUGCUUUCUGCCUCAAAAAUCCUGGUGCCAUCGACAAUGGUGAGAAUGGAAACAAGGCUAUUAAUGCUUAUUACAAAACCAAGGAAGAUGUGCAAAUGAUGAAGAAAAUGGGUCUAAAAGCCUACCGAUUCUCAAUUUCAUGGAGUAGAAUAUUGCCGGGUGGAAAAGCUAGCAUGGGCAUCAACCAGGAAGGUGUUGACUACUACAAUAACCUAAUCAAUGAGCUGAUAGGGAAUGGAAUUACACCAUAUGCCACUCUCUUUCAUUGGGACCUUCCCAAUGCCCUAGAAGAAGACUACAUGGGAUUUUUAUCUGAACUAGUUGUAGUUGACUUUGUGGAUUAUGCCGAAUUUUGCUUCUGGGAAUUUGGUGAUCGGGUGAAGCAUUGGAUCACAUUGAACGAACCCUAUACCUUUGCUGCUAUGGGUUAUGCUUACGGGACUAUGGCACCUGGGCGAGGAGGAGGAGAUACCGAAACUCAGCAAGCCAUACUCGCAUCUGGAAAUAACCUUGGAACUCGUAAUCGUGCAAGAACUUUUGACAAUAAAGGUGUUGGUAAUCCUGCCACUGAGCCCUAUACUGUAGCACACAACUUACUCCUUUCUCACGCUCAUGCUGUGAGACUAUACAGAGACAGAUUCAAGGAAAGCCAAGGGGGUGUGAUCGGAAUUACGUUAAACACAGAGUUUUUUGAGCCGCUUGAUCCAACCAGCCAGGACGACAAGGAUGCAGCCAACAGAGGCAUAGACUUUAUUUUCGGAUGGUUCAUGCAGCCAAUAUUUAAUGGCAAGUACCCCCAGAGUAUGAUUGAUAAUGUUACAGAUGGGCGUUUGCCUGAAUUCACAGAAAAGCAAAUCGAGUUAUUGACUGGAUCUUUCGAUUUUCUUGGGUUGAACUACUAUACUGCUCAAUACGCCACCACUGCAGCACAACUGAUGUCGUCUCCUACUUGA